AUGGGGCCCGAGGGGCUCGAUAAGCCCGAGAUCCCAGAUAAACCUGAGAAAAGAUCUCGUCGACGUGGGGCCGAACUCGAUCCAUUCCUUCGCACCCGGCUCUGUGUGCUCAGAACCACAGCCAAAUGGACCUACAAACAGAUCCAGAAUGAAUACCCACACAUCCCACUCUCGACCAUCAAAUCGACCAUUCUCCGAGAGAGCAAUCGUGUCAAUAACCACUCACAAGCCCGCUCUGGCCGACCGUCAAAGCUGAAGGACGAAGAUCGAGCCCGAAUCCGCGAGGCUUUUCAUGCGAACCCUCAAAUCACAUACGAUGAACUGCUUGUGGUAGUGGAUUAUAAAGUUGGCAAGGAGUCGCUUCGUCGGUUUCUGAAUGAUGAUGGGCUGAGGAAGACACAGACCCCUGCUCGGUCUUCUUUGGCUGGGAAAGGAGCUACCAAAAAAGUUGAUGGGGCUCAAUCGGUUCAGUCAUAUGACACACCUUCUGCUGACUGGGCUGGUGAUCUUGCAUCUGGUCUAGUACCCAGCGAUUCAGAUCCUGCAUCUGCUACAGCGAGUCAAGUCGUCAGCAAUUAG